CAGAAAAGCAAAGCAAGAAUCUUUAUCAUCCUCAUCUCCCAAACCCAACCAAAGCAGGCGCCUUUUCUCAUCACCAACAACAACCUGCCGUAAAUCACAGUCAACAGAAUCCAUGGCGGAUAAGGGCGUACCACUGCCAAAGUUCGGUGAAUGGGACGUCAAUGAUCCAACAUCAGCCGAGGGAUUCACAGUAAUCUUCAACAAGGCUAGGACUGAGAAAAAGACAGGUGGCAGACCUGAGUCACCAGCAAAGGAUGACUGCACAUAUAAGCAUGGAGCAGUUCUCGGAAAGCCUCCCACUGUAAAAAAAAUGGUUUUGCUGCUUGCGUGCGGAAUCGUGAGGAAGCUCCCACCAUGUCAUAGAUUUUUCAGGAAAUGCUAUUAUGUGUUUAUGUCCCCAUGUCAUUAUGUAUUCCAGAAGACUGGAGCUAUGUUCAAAAGCCGUGAUUGGUCCUGCUGGAAUCUGUUUGCUGUCUUUUUGAACAUUUGGUAGAAUUGUGGGCUUAUUUGGGGAGACAAAUGAUUGCACUGUAUUAAGUUUCUGUACUGGUCAAUAUUUUUGCCAAGUUUUUUCUUAGUUCUUGAUUUUAAGUCUGGGCCGAUAGUUUUAGUUUGUUCUGCGAGUGGAUUUUGAGUUUCUUUGAUGCAUGUAUUCACACUGCAGCCUUAUUGUUCUUCUAGUCCUCUUAAUCUCUUCAGAAUGGGAAGCUCAAACUCCGAGGCAUCUCCGAGGCAUCCCCUCGAUC